AUGGAUCAUCUAAAAACAGAAACUACCGACAAUUCUACAAAGAAACCAAACAUUCCCAGUCAGCCAACCUACUUGAUAGUUCAUGCUACUGGAGAAACACCUCUAUCAAAAUGUUCUCCUUUUUUGAUACAGAAAUUGUUUGAAUCUACAGUUGGAAAUUUGAAAAAAAUACAAAAAUUCAGGUCAGCAGAUCUCCUUUUAGAAACAGCCUCAUUUCAACAGUCUGCAAAACUUUUGCCAAUAAAGACCCUCAGAGACAUAGAAGUCACUGUCACCCCUCAUGGAAGUCUAAACUCAUCACGUGGGGUUAUAUCAGAGAUCGAUCUGAUGUCUGAAGAUGAAUCAGAUAUUCAGAUCGGCCUCUCUGAUCAAGGUGCAUCACCAUUUGUCGAGAUGGAUAUUUGCGCUGCCCAGUUUGGUCGUAUAUUCCAAAUCCGCUGCGUUGCUUCAAAUGUCAGCGAUUUGGACAUUCCCAGUCCUCCUGCCGAAGCAAAAGCUUAUGUGCACAGUGUGGAAUCGAAAGCCACCAGAGUACUGAAGUGUACUGGUACUCCAUGCUGUGUGAAUUUCAAAGAUGCCCAUCCAGCUUACUCUCGAAAAUGCCCUGCAUGGCAAAGAGAAAAAGAGAUUCAACAGGUAAAAACUGUGAAUAACAUUUCAUACCCAGAAGCCUGUUGCAUGGUCACUCCAAGUGUACCACCUAAACAAAGACAUUCGCUGCUGCAUUGA